AUGGAUUUGAUCAACUGGUCUCUGAAUGCAAUUGUCAUCAUCUUCUCGACGAGAAGUCCUGAGUGCAUAACAGCAUCUGUCGACUCUGUGUUAACAGUUCAGACUGAAGGAUCUGUUGUUAUUCCCUGUUAUUAUGACAGGAAAUAUGCAGAAUAUAAGAAAUACUGGUGCUUUCAUGCAAACAAUUUAUACAGUUCCUGCUCUAUUCUGGCGUAUGCUAAUGAAACCAAAGGAAAGGUGUCAGUCAUUGAUCAUCCAGAUCAGAGUUUCUUUACUGUGACUAUGAGGAACCUGCAGCAAGAAGACACUGGAGCUUACUGGUGUGCAGUGGAGAUUGGAGGAAUAUUUAAACUGGAUCAGAUAAAGCAGCUUUAUCUCUCAAUUCAAUCAGCUCCUGAUGUGUCUGUAAUGAACAGCAGUGUAUCUGGACAUGAAGGUGAUCAUGUCAGUGUUCAGUGUUUCUACAGUUCUGGAUACAAGAAAAAACUCAAACGCUGGUGCGGAUAUAAACAUCAGAAAUGUUUCACAGAGAAGACUGACACAUCCCAGAGUUCAUCAGUGCAGAUCAGUGAUGAUGGUGAAAGCUCCUUCACUGUGCUGAUGACUGGACUGAGACUCUCUGAUUCUGGAUGGUAUUUCUGCUCUGCUGGAGAUCAAAUCAUUCUUGUUCAAGUCUCUGUUACUGAAGCAGCUGAUGUGAGCACAGACAGCAGCAGUGAGAGCACGGACAGCAGCACUGAGAACAACAGAUGGGCUGUGAAGGAGCGUUUCUGUCUGUCACAGAAUAAGCGAUCACAGACUUAUCCUCGCCCUGUUUAG